AUGUCGACUGACCAAAAGGAUAUCCCGGUCGAGAACAAAAAUGAUCGCAAAACCUCCAUAGAAGAGCCGAGUGUCGGCGAUGUGAACGACGUUGUGCUCGACCCGAAGAAGGAGAAGAAACUUCUCAUGAAGUUGGACAUUGCCUUUGUUCCCAUUAUUAUGGUGACAUAUUUGUCGUGCUUUUUGGAUCGCACAAAUAUUGGCAAUGUCAAAGUCGCAGGAAUGCCUGAGGAUAUUGGGGCCUCCGAUACUCAGUUCUCGACCGCCGUGUCCAUUUUCUACGUGACAUACGUGCUUCUAGAAUCACCAUGGGCGGUGUUGAUGAAGAAACUGACACCUCGCAAUAUCCUAACUGGACUAUGCAUCGUCUGGUCCCUCGCGACAAUUUUUACGGGGUUUGUACAAAACGUCGCUGCGCUGUACGCGACAAGGUUGAUUCUGGGUGCCUGCGAGGCAGGUCUAUUUCCCUGUCUGAAUCUAUACCUGACGAUGGUCUACCGACGGGAAGAACAGGCGAAGCGCGUCUCCUAUCUUUUCAGCUGUGCAGCCAUUUCUGGCGCCGUGGGAGGCUUAUUGGCAUAUGCACUGCUACACAUGGAUGGGUUAGGAGGAAAGGCUGGAUGGAGAUGGGUCUACAUCAUCGAAGGCCUCUUCAGCAUGGUCUGCGCCGUCCUGAUCUGGUUCGGUCUCCCCAACGAUCCAGCAGAGUCGUACUUCCUCACUGCAGAAGAAAAAUGGAUGAUGCGCGUGCGCAACGAACAACGCCGCAGAUACAUGGGCAGCGACAAGUUCAGCUGGGACGAAAUGUGGACCGCACUGCGCGAUCCCAAACUGGCCUUCAGCGCCGUCACGCAGUUCUGUCAGGAUAUUCUGCUCUACGGAUUCAGCACCUUCUUGCCGACGAUUCUGCAGGGUAUCGGGUAUAACUCCUUGAUGAGCAAUGUGUUGACCGUUCCGGUUUAUAUAUGGGCUGCGCUUGUGUUUAUUGCGGUUGCGUAUUGUGCGGAUCGGUUUUCACGCUUUGCCUCUUACAUCCUAAUCGCCAACAUCUUCGGAAUAAUAGGCUACAUCCUCCUCCUAGCGGUAUCCAACGACCCCGUCAAAUACUUCGCCACCUACCUCUGCGCAAUCGCCUGCUACACCGGCGUCGGACUAAACGUCGCCUGGCUGAACGUCAACUUCGCCCCCCAAUACCGCCGAGCCCUCGCCGUCGGCGUGCAGCAAACGAUCGGAAACUGCGCAGGAAUCGUCGCCGGGCAAAUCUAUCGCAAAUCGCCCUACGUCCUGGGUAACUCAUUCUCCCUGGGAGCCUUAUGCGUAGCGCAGAUCGUGGUCUUCGUGCACGCGAUGUACCUAAAGAGGGAGAAUGCAGAGAAAGAGAGGAUCAUCGACGGGAAAGAGGAUACGCGGAGAGUCAGGACAGGUGACGCGGAAGUGGAGUUCAAGUAUCAUUACUAG